AUGGACGCCCUUACUCCGAAUGAGCAGCAGGUGCUUGCCAAACGCAUGGAACAGAAGCAGAUGAAAGAGGUUAUGAAUGCGUACUCAAAUGUUGUCCAACGCUGCUUUGAGGACUGCAUCUUUGAUUUCACAACCAAAUCCAUGACCCCAAGAGAAAUUGGCUGCACCAACCGCUGCUUUGACAAAUUUAUCAAGGCAUCUGAGCGAGUCUCCCUUCGUUUCCAGGAACAGAACGCUGCUAUGGCGCAGUCCGGCAAAUUGCCGGGAAGCAGCUAA